GACGUCAUGCGACAAGCACCAAGAAAUAAGACAAUUGCUAUUUUUCCUUCUUAACUUCAUAUCUGGAUUAGGGAUUAUAAAAUAAAACUGCAAAAUCCCAAAAUUAAACCCUCAAAUCAAUAUACUGUUAUAUUAUGCUGACAAAAACUCCGAAACCUGCAUAUAAGCGUUUCAUCGGGUCCUCGUUGAAAGCUAUAUUUUUCGUGGAAACACUAGGAUUUGCUGUUUCUUACGGCCUUUACUUUAAACUUAAUACGGACAGAGCAUUUCGACUGUAUAUGUACCAUAAUUACAACUGGGUUCUAGAAGGUUACUAUCAACUAGGUGAGAAACUCGGCGGUCACAAGACCCGUGAUCUAGACAAGCAAGUUUGGACGAACGAAGGCAAAAUAUAAUCCUGGUGAGAU